AUGGCCAGCGUGCUGUCCAGGCGCCUGGGGAAGCGCUCCCUGCUAGGCACCCGUGUCUCUGCUCCCAGCGCCUUGGCCGACGGCGUGCUGGUGGCCACCCAGAUCCCCGGCUUGCAGACUGACCUCAGCCGGACGUCUGCCCACAUGGUGCCGCGAGAGGACGGAUCCCAUGCACCAUCGGUGGAGGAGAGCAGCCAGGCACCCAGAUUCCCCGACCCCUCAUGCCGUUUCCAGGUCCUCGUCACCUACACCGGGCAGGAGUGUGCCGGCCUCGUGGAGCAGCACAACCCGCUGAGCGACAAGAUGAAGGUGCCGCUGCCGGAGCAGGGCUUGCAGACAUGCUGGAGGGUGCAGGAUGUGCGGCCGGUGCUCCAGAGAUCCGUAUCCAGCAAUAUCGAUGUACCCAAGAGGAAAGCCGAUGCUGCCGUGGAGAUGGACGAGAUGGGGGCAGCCAUGGGGCUGACGAGCCUCUCCUGCAGCCCCGUGGUGCAGAGCCCUCCCGCUGGCGAGAGCGGCAUCCCCUGGGGCAGCGACAUCUCCACCCCUUCCCCCCCACACCCCGCAGGCAGCCCCAAGUACUCCAGCGAGGCCCUGAGCUCCCCCCAGGUGGAUGACGGCUUUGAGACCGACUCCGACCCCUUUCUUCUCGAUGAACCCGCUCCACGCAAGAGAAAGAACUCGGUGAAGGUGAUGUACAAGUGCCUGUGGCCGAGCUGCGGCAAAGUCCUGCGCUCCAUCGUCGGCAUCAAGCGGCAUGUCAAGACCCAGCACCUCGGGGACGGCGCAGACUCCGACCAACGGAAGCGGGAGGAGGAUUUCUACUACACCGAAGUGCAGGUGAAGGAAGAGCCGGCGCCGGAGGCGACUGCCGCCACCAGCCCCACAUCCGUGUCCGCCCCCAUCAUCAUCCAGCAAGCCCUGGCGAAGCCGGAGGCGCUCCUGGUAGAGCAGCCGGCGCUGGAGCCCGCCCUGGCCAGCAGCGCCCUGAGCCAGUCUGCCCCCAGCUCCUUCUGGCACAUCCAGGCCGAUCAUGCCUACCAGGCGUUGCCCUCCAUCCAAAUUCCAGUGUCCCCCCACAUCUUCACCAGCAUCAGCUGGGCCACUGCCACCUCGACUCUCCCGUCCCUGUCACCGGUGCGGAGCCGGUCGCUCAGCUUCAGCGAACCCCAGCCGCCGACGCCGAUGCUCAAGUCCCACCUGAUCGUCGCCUCGCCGCCCAGGGUGGCCAUCGGCACCAGGAAGGUCCGCGGGGAAGCCAAAAAGUGCCGUAAGGUGUAUGGCAUCGAGCACCGGGACCAGUGGUGCACAGCCUGCCGGUGGAAAAAAGCCUGCCAGCGCUUCCUGGACUGA